CUAAAUGGAGCAGAGGAGGUACCGUCAAGGAUCUCAAGUCCUUUUUUGUGGGCAGACUUGACACCUUGUCAUCAAAUUUACAUGAAUGAACAUUAAUGAUGUACAUGUACUUAAAUGUCUAUCUCUUUCUCUAGUAAUUCUGUAACUCUCAUGUGUACUACUUGUGGUGUUUGCAAAGUCUCUCUUCUCAGGGAUUUCUGUAACAAAACAGGAGUACAGAUUACAUUGAAGGAUUACAAAUUUUCCUUGACAGCUCCAUUCAAUGAAGGUGAUCUUGCCUGUAUUGUACCUGUUGUUAAGCACACUGAUUUUAAACCUCUUGAAGCCUCUGGUUUGUAUGAGUUGGCUCAGGUUCAGUUGCAGUCUGGUAAUAUUGAAGUUGCUCUUGACUAUCUAUCUGAAGCUGUGCAAUUGUUUGCUCAAGUCUUUGGGCCACUACAUGUCAACAUAGCAAACUGUUAUAAAGUUAUUGCACGAAUUCAUCAUGCUCUAGGAGACAGUAAACUAGUAAGUGGUGCAUGUAACUACAUUUUAGUUUAA